CGUGAUCUUACGCGGGUGGCCGAAGCGUCUCACCUCCACCCGCGCAACGCAGCAGCAGCAGCGCGGCGCAGCGCGCACAUCCCGACGGCAACUCUGGGUCCAACACUCCCCUUGCCCAUCCAGCAUGGACCACAUCAUCCGGGCAAGUUCACGGCCUCGAGCAUUUCUGUCUCUGGUGCAACCGCGUCACUGCGUUCGCUCUGAUCUUUCCCGGGGUUAUUCUUCCAUUCCUUCUUCUGUUUGGGGAUCUCGUCCCGCUCUCCGAACUACACAACACCUCCUCCGGCCGACUACGCAAGCACUCAACCACCUCUCUUCCACCACCACACCAGCGAGUGCGACCCCACGCCGCCUCUUUUCAUCUACACCCACGAACAUGGCCUCGUCGGCUGUUGAACCGCAGUUCGCCGAGGGUGUCGACGCGGAAGUGCUCCGGCCGCGCCUGGCCGGGCUGUUGCAGGCGGAGCAAGGGUGGACACUGGAUGCGGAGGGGCGGGGAAUGCAGAAGACGUAUUUUUUCAAGACCUAUUUUAAGGCUGUGAGUUUCGUGAAUGUGAUUGCUUCGCAAAGUGCGAGCGUGAAGCAUCAUCCUACUAUGACUGUUCGCAUUGGAUCGGUGGAUAUCCACUGGACGACGCACCACCCGCGAGGUUUAACGGGUAAGGAUGUGGAUAUGGCGCAGUAUUGUGACGAGGCGGCGGAGUUGAUGGGGGCGGUGGAGGCCGGGCAAGGAAGAAAGUGUCAUUGAAUUGCCCCCGGAACAGUCAAUGUUGAUUAAAUGGGGAGAUUGUACUCGGGAUGAGCUUUCGGUGGAGAGAGGAGCUCCAAACAAACAGUCUGGACUACUUCAUUUAAGAGAAAGAGGCAGGGGGGCUGAGUCAGCGGACAGGUUGAAUGAUUCAAUUCUUUGAGAGUCUUGGAGAUAAGAUGGCCGGAAUGUGGAGGCAUGCAUUGCAGCAAUGACAACCACCAGAUCCAUACAGAGGCUGGAUCUUAG